AGCGGGAACAAUGGCAGAGCCCUUCGUGGUGGAGAGCCCCGACGUCGCGUACGGCAAAGACUUCAUCGAGGCGCAGUACACGUACAGCACCGCGCACGUCUGCAGGGAGGGCGGUGUCACCAAGGUCCGGCCCUGCUCCACGCGCUUCACCUUCCGCACGGCGCGGCACGUCCCCCGCCUGGGGCUGAUGCUGGUGGGCUGGGGGGGCAACAACGGCACCACGGUGACGGCGGCCGUGUUGGCCAAUCGCCUGGGGCUGUCCUGGAUGACCAAAACCGGCCGCAAGAAAGCCAACUACUACGGCUCGCUGCUGCAGGCCUCCACCGUGUGCCUGGGUGCCGGCCCCACCGGUGAUGUCUACGUGCCAUUCCGGGAUCUGCUGCCCAUGGUGCACCCCAACGACAUCGUCUUUGAUGGGUGGGACAUCUCCUCUCUGAACCUGGCUGAGGCCAUGCGGCGCGCCGAGGUGCUGGACUGGGCGCUGCAGGAGCAGCUGUGGCCGCACAUGGAGCAGAUGAAACCCAGAGCCUCCAUCUACAUCCCCGAGUUCAUCGCCGCCAACCAGGAGGAGCGGGCGGACAACGUGCUGCGUGGCUCCAAGGCUGAGCAGGUGCUGGGGGCGGGGGGGGAGGGUCCCGGUGGGACAUGA